AUGACAAUUUUGUCAAACCUUCAAUUUCUCAGUCGACAGGGUUUACCAUUUAGAGGAUCAUCUGAUGAUUCAGAUUCAAAUUUUGUCCAAUUGAAUCUUCUACGAUGCGAAGACAACCAGAAUUUCAGGGAAUGGCUCACAAGAAAAAGUGACAAGUACACUUCACCUGACAUCCAAAAUGAAAUCUUAAAGAUCAUGGCUCAGAUGAUUGUACGGGAAAUUUCGGACAAUAUUCGAAAGUCGUCAUAUUUUGCAUUGAUGGUAGAUACAACUACAGAUGUUGCCAAUAAGGAGCAACUAGAUGUAUGCUUGAGAUGGAUUGAUCAAGCACUAGAUGUACAUGAAGACUUUAUUGGUUUGUACCAGAUUGAUAAUACAUCUGCUCAAACAAUAACUGAUUCAAUACAGGACGCUCUAGUUAGAUUGAACAUAAAUUUAUCACAAUGCCGAGGUCAGACAUAUGAUGGCGCUAGUGCAAUGUCAGGCCCAAAGAGUGGUGUUCAAAAAAGAAUUAAAGACGAGCAACCGAAGGCGCUAUAUAACCACUGUCACGGUCAUCGUUUGAAUCUAGCUUGCUCUGAUAACAUCAAAAAGACAAAAAUCAUGUGUGAUGCCCUUGAUACAACAUAUGAAAUUACUAAACUUGUUAAAAAGUCUUCUCAACGGGAUACACAAUUAGAUAAGAUUAGAAAAGUUGAGCUGUUGGAAUCUGACGAUGGUAACUACUCUGGAAUAAUUAACAACCAUGAAUUAAUGAUGAAGCUCUGGGAAUGGUCUUUAGACAGAUUCAUGAUACUGACAUGA